ACGAAUGUAAACGCAAUGAUAUGCCACCAAGUGACCAAACCAAGGUCCCAGUGUUCGCGGACGCGCGCCGCUCUCUUGACGUAUUGCUAUCAUUCUGUAUAUUAUUAUUAUUAUUAUUUAUCAGUGAACACAACCGGACUGAGUGUUACAACAACACAACAUCCUCUCAACAUGUCUAAAACAGUAACGGAGGAGCAAUCAAAAUGUGUCCAGCAAUUGAGAGAAUGGGUAAACAAACAGCCACAUUUACCAAAAACUAUAGAUGAUAAAUUCCUACUGCGAUUUGCCCACAGUUGCUACUACGACAUGGAGAAAGCAAAAACCACUAUUAAUACAUUUUUCGCAGUGAGAUCAAAUUGCACAGACCUUCUGACGAAGCGUGAUCCUCAGUCGCCACAUAUGCAAAAGAUUCUAAAAAUCAUCAAUCUCGGCACCUAUACGACAUCGGACCAGAGAUGUCUGUUCCUGUGGCAAAUAAAUGACCCAGGGCUGGAGAACUACGACUACACCCUCGACGCCAAGCUGUUCUUCCUCAGUACCGAUGCCCGGUUCCUCGACAGUGAUGUUCUGCAUGAAGCUGACAUUGUCCUGAUGGAUGUGAAGGAUAUCUCUCUCAAGUUCCUGACAAAAAUGAACGUGUCUGUAGCGAGGAAGCUGUCGAAGUAUCAGGAGGAGGCGAUCCCUAUUCGGUUGAAACAGGUGCACGUUGUCAACGCUCCGCCAUUUAUAGACAAGAUCUAUGGAGUCCUGAAGCCUUUUAUGAAAAAAGAAAUAACUGAGCUGAUACAUUUCCAUCCGCCAAACUCUGAAUCUUUGUAUAAAUAUAUAAAGAAGGAAGACCUGCCUGAAGACUAUGGUGGCACUCGUCCUUCUAUGGCUGAAAUUACGGAGGACACCAUCCAACUAAUAAUGAGGCUAAGGGAAAACUUGAUUGACGAAAAUCUCUGGCGGGUCACAGACAAGAAGAAUGAUGCGUCUAUUGACGUUGGAUCCUUCCGAACACUUGCUAUAGAUUAACAUUUGUUUUAUAAGAAUAAUUAAUAGUAUAAUUUUAUAUUUUUUAUCAUAACAGCAGUACGUAUACCAAAACGAACCUUAUUCUUGCACUAGCGGACGCCCGCGAUUUCGUCCGCCCUUAAACCUCUUUAAUCCAGCCCUUACAGUAAUAUCGCUGUAAAAAUGGAGUAACUUCUCCAUUUUUCCCAAUAUUUCCCUUCACUGCGCUGCUCCUAUUGAUCGUAGCGUGAUGAAAAGUACACUAUAACCUGCCCAGGAGUAUGAGGAAUAAUUGUAUCAAGUUUCGUUAAAAUCCGUCGAGUACUUUUUGUUUCUUUAACGAACAUACAGACAGACAGACGAAAAUUUUACUGAUUGCAUUUUUGGCAUCAGUAUCGAUCACUAAUAUAUUUCAUGUACAGAAUUCGCCUAUCUACAGAUUUAUUUUAAGUAUAGAAGUAUAGAUAAAUAAUGCCAAGGUGUCGAGGGUUCGAUUGAUUUUUAUAGGUUAAGUCAUUCGCACAUAGGCUAUAAGCCUCUGCUAGAAAGGAAUGCUCCUAGCUCCUAAAGACUUUUAUAUUAUUGCUAUGUACCUAAAUUGGAAGUUAGGUACUGAAUAAGAUGACCAAUAUACAAUAUACAAACUAUAUUUUUAUAAAUAUUAAACGUUAUUAGUGUGUGUUUGUUAAAAUAUUAUAUUUAUGUAAAAAUAUAUGUGAUAUUUACGUAAUAAGUGCCUAGACAAUACAUAUCUUUACCUAACGUACCAAUAAAAUAAAAUAAUAAUUUCUUUGAUAAUUCUAAUUAAAUACAUACAUGUUUACAUAUACGUCGUAUAUGUACUACAUAUACGAAACAUAUGUACUACAUAUACGACACAUAUGUCGUAUAUGUACACAUGUAUAAUUUUUAUAAAAUUUAAUUAAAACAUUUUUUAUUACAAAGACAUUAUGAUUAUACGUAACAUAUAUAUUUAACAUCCUUUAGAAUUUUAUUUAGCUAGAUUAAUUUAAUAAAAUAUUUUAUUUUUAAUAACUGUAUGCCAGAAAUGACCAGAUUAAUAUCAGCAAUAGAAUAAAUAAAUAAAUAAUGAUUGAUCUGAUUGAUAUAUGUUUUAUGACAAGUAUUACUUUAUUACGUGCUGUUUUGUUUUUUUAUGUUAUUAUGUUGUGUUAUGUUCCUACAGACAGCAAAUAGAUAAGAAGGAAUGAAAAUAUAUUCUACAUCUACCUACUCUCAAAUCGUUGUGCAUGGCUAAAUUAUGAUAUAACGGACCUACCUACUUAGGAAAGCAAACGUUGAUUCUAUAGUCUGCUUCAUUGAUGACACUCCCAUGAUAUGCAGGCGACGGGGGGAAAAACUGCGCGGGUGUGAAAGCGUGCGUGCGGGGAAGUGAGGUGCAUCAGUCGUGGGAUUUUCAUUCAUCACUACACGCCCCCCGGGCCGCGUGGACCAUCGGGAGUGUAACGAACGAAGUUGUCAAGCUAUAAUGGAUCCCUUAUGUAUAUUAUAAUAUUGGCUGCAUUCCACUAACCGACCACGACAACCCACCUCCAGGGGCCACCUUUAGGGGGCUUACUACAAACCUUUUACAAAACCCAUCAUGAUAUUUAUCCAUCCAUCUUACUUAAUGGCAUAAAUAAUGUUACCUCAGUGUGAUACAAAUUGAGUAAAUGAAAUGGUCAAUGACGUCUAAAAUCGCUAUAAUGACCCUCAGGUUACAAAAUGACGAACCAUUAUGGACUCGCUACGAGUUUAAGAUUGUGGUAAAGAUCCAAAUGGGUCCUAGUGAGCCGUUUGUGAGCGAAAUUAGUGACGUCAUUGGUGACGUUUACAUCGUGACCACAUUCACAACGACCGUGGUCGUUUUGUGGACCGGCUGUAGGAGUAUUUUGAAGGUUCUGCGUGGUUCUGGUCACUUAGUGGAACCACAGAAUAAACAAUAGUACAAGGGAGGUAGCCAUAUUACAUUAAACAAUAUGCUUGUUAACACCAAUGUUAACACAAUAAAUCCUUCGUAAUUAUGUAAGUUUUGUGCGCUAUAUUACUACAUGACAGGGUUAUUAAUAUAUUAUUUUUUUAUUUUUAAAUGUUAAAAAAGAUAUAUGUAAUGUAAUUCAAUUCAAUUCUUCUUUAUGGCAUUUGUGCCAACUGGGCACUGUUUAUCUCGCCAGUGUCGAGUAGAUGGAGGAGGCACGAUGGAGAUUGUUCGGUGAAGCCUGACAAGUAUAUGUAAUUGCAUAUAAAAAGUUACUAUUAUGACAAUUUAGCUUUCUAUUGUUUUCAUUAAAGGAUGAUGCGGGUGACAGAUGACAGAUCGCUGGAUAUUUCGUAUUAUACAAUAAAUAGAAUAUUAUGUAACUAGACUAGGUGCUGUGAGGUCCUGAGUGUGCAAAAUUCGAAGACCGCACUGUGUUUACAGUUUUGACCCCAGAAAGAAUGAACCAACAAACCUAGCAACAUGCAGAAUCGUAAUCUGCAUGAUUUUCUGAGUCCAAGCCUGUAAACAGACCAGUCACCUGCACCGUCCUUCAUUGAACCCAGUGGCGUUCAUAAGGUUUGUAACUAGGGUAUGCACUAUAAGU